CGCACCUCCUUCGAUUCUUUCCACGGCUACCAUGAUCAUCUGAAUGAGCACAAUUACACUGGAUAGCUCAUUAAACACUGGCACAAAUGGCAGCUGGCAAGAAGAAGUCCGCGGAUCCGCUGCGGAUUAGGAUUGGCGGCAUCGAGAGUCGCCAACAGAAGCCACUCAACCGGGUGACCACCACCAAGUACACAUGGUUCACCUUCCUGCCCCUCAACUUCUACGAACAGUUUCGGCGGGCCGUUUACUUCUACUUUCUGAUCAUCACAAUCGUAUCGUUUUUCGUAAAUGAAACAAUAUCGCCGCUGGUUUCCCUGCUGCCGCUGCUCUUUGUCAUGAUCAUUACGGCUCUAAAGGAGGGAUUGGAGGACUAUUCGAGAGCGAAAAGUGACAAACUUGUCAAUACAGCGAGAGUAACUGUCAUAAGAAACGGCAAGGAGGAAAUCAUAGACUCGCAGUUCAUUGUGCCAGGCGAUCUUGUGGUGGUGCGAAACGACGGGGAUGUGCCCUGUGAUCUGGUACUGCUUCAAUCCUCUAGUGCGGAUCGCAAAUGCUUCGUGACCACGGCCAAUUUGGAUGGAGAGACCAAUUUGAAGACCAUCUGCGUGCCGCCAAACUACGUGCUUUCCGCCGAUGAUCAUGAACUGCAGGGCAGGAAUGGCAGGGAUGGCAUUGUGUGCGAAGCCUCCACCGCUGAUCUCUACAGCUUCAAUGGCCGUCUGGAGUUGAGGUCAGCGACGGAUGAUGCUGCAGGAUCGAGCGGUGCCGACGCCCUGCCCCUGACCAUUGAUAAUCUUCUCCUGCGCGGAGUCCGAGUCAAGAGCACCGAGCGGGUGGUGGGCUGUGCCAUCUACACCGGCAUGCACACCAAGUUGCAGCUAAAUAGCCGCUACACCGGCAACAAGUCGGCGUCCAGCGAGAAGUACAUCAACAGGUUCAUGGUGGCCCUCAUCGUGGGCAUGAUCGUGGUGGUGGUGGUUUUGUAUCUCAUCGAGCGUCAUAAGGAGGUGAAGAUCGCACCCACCAUGCCGUACCUGGGCCCACCCACCGACUUAAAUUCUGCGUGGCAAAUCUUCGAGGACUUCCUCUCCUUUUUGCUGCUCUUCAACUACAUGGUGCCCAUUUCCGCGUACAUGAACAUCGAGGUGUACCGCAUUUUCGGCAUGCACUUCAUGCACAAUGAUCUUCAACUGUACGAUGAGGAAACCGAUCAGCCCUGUCGGGUCAACGCGUCCAAUCUGAACGAGGAACUCGGCCAGGUCAAUAUCCUAUUCUCCGACAAAACAGGCACGCUCACCAAGAACCUCAUGAAGUUCGUCAAUUGCUAUGUGUCCAACAUCAAUUAUCAGCUCCAAAAUACCCAACUUGUUUCAGAGGGCAACGGUGAAAAGUUUGAACUGCAAAAUCUCGAUGCUGAUGCAGCAGUGCUUUUGGAGGCACUGACCGUGUGUCAUACGGUGGAAGUGCUCCAGGAAGUGGGAGAGAAGACUCUGGAGUCGUCGGAGUCCGUGUCGGAACGAAGUCGCCUGAUGAGCAGGAACAUUGUUGACCGCUACCAGGCGUCCAGUCCGGAUGAGAAGGCCCUCCUCGAGGGCUGUGCCAGUCUGGGUCUAGUGUACGAGGGCCAGCAGAACGAUGUCCUCCACAUCUGCCGGUAUCCGAGCGCGGAGAAGCUGCAGUUCAAACGACUGCACGUUCUGGAGUUCAGUUCGGAGCGACAGCGGAUGAGCGUCAUUGUCAGAGAUCAGAGCGGCAUAAUCUGGCUAUAUUCCAAGGGAGCGGAAAGCGCCAUCUUUCCACGAUGCAAGCCCAAUCCUCUCGUGCAGCAGACGGACGCCCAGAUAACGAAGUAUGCCCAGAACGGCCUGCGCACCAUGGCAGUGGCACGGCGCACGCUGACCGAUGCGGAGUUAUCCCACUUCGAAGAGCUCUACCGGAAUGCCAACACUCAGCUGAGCAACAGGAACGAACUAAUAGCAGAGUGCUAUGAAACAGUCGAGAAUGAGCUGGACCUGCUGGGUGCCACUGCCCUGGAAGACGCACUGCAGGAGGACGUGGGCGAGACCCUCGAGGCUCUGCAAGCGGCUGGCCUAAAGAUCUGGGUGCUCACCGGCGACAAAGUGGAAACGGCGUACAACAUUGGACUCGCCUGCCGCCAUAUUCCGCCUGGAUCGAAGCAGCACUUCAUCAUCAAUACGACGGAUCCAGCAGAGCUGCUUGCCCGCCUGGAGAUGAUUGGCGAUGACGGUCCGGAGGUGCUGAUAAUAGAUGGAACCACCAUAGCCGCCCUGCUGGCGCACACACCACGUCAGUUCGCCGAUCUUGCCCUGCGUUGCCGAGCGGUACUCUGUUGCCGCCUAAGUCCGCUGCAAAAGUGCGAGAUUGUGACGCUGAUCAAGCGGCGUAAGAAGCACAUUACGGCUGCGAUCGGCGACGGCGCCAACGAUGUGUCCAUGAUCCAGGAGGCGCACAUUGGCAUUGGGAUCACGGGUCGCGAGGGAAAACAAGCCGCCCGAUGUGCCGACUUUGCGAUCGCCCGCUUCGAAAUGCUGCGCCGCCUGCUGCUCGUCCACGGGCACUACAACUCGCAGCGCCUGGCCUUCCUGGUGCUCUUCUACUGCUACAAGAACAUCAUCAUCACCGGGUGCAUGGCCCUCUACCAGGUCUACGAUCUGUACUCCGCCACAAACGUCUACAACUCGCUGUAUCUUUGGCUCUUCGACAUCGUCUACAUCUCGUUUAGUUUCACGGUUCUGGCCAUUUCCGAUAAGGAUUACAGCGAGGAGACACUGCUCAGCCAUCCUGAGCUAUACAAGCCACUAGCCCACAACAGGCAAGCCUCGAUGGGAGUUUUCAGUCUGUGGAUACUCAACGGAUUUGUCCAGUGCUUCAUAAUCUUCUACUUCACCUACGCCGUGCUCAACGAUGCGAAUGUCCUCUUCAAUGGCGGACAGACGGCCAGUUUCCAGACCUUUGGCACCAUGCUGAUCACCAUCAUCGUGAUUGUGGGCAACCUGAAACUGCUGCUGGUGGCCCGCUACAUGACCUAUCGCAACUUUGCCAUGAUCCUCGCCUCCAUUGCCGCCUUCAUGCUGACCACGUACCUCUACAACCUGUACUCCAGUGGCGAGCUGUACGACGUCUACAACCAGUUCCUCAGCUCGCUUCCCAUCUGGCUGUUCACGAUCAUUUGCUCGGCAGCUUGCCUGCUGCCCGACUUUGUCAUCAAGGUCGUUAAUGAUAUGUACAGGAAAGUACCGCCCAAGAGUGGGCCAGUAGUCUAA